AUGAAUAGAAGGGAUUUCUCCCAGUUCUCACUGAGGAUUCAAGUGCAGGGCGGCACCCCUGUUAUUUCUGCCCCCACAGCACCACCUGCUGGCCACAGCUCACACCAAAGGAGAAGGGACCCACUAUUCAAUGCUGGUGCCCCAAGAUGGUGUAGCAUCUUCAGGGACCAAAGCAGCUUGAAGUGCAGGCCGUGCUCACAGAGGUUAAGAGCUCGGGCCUGUAAUCUGUCAGGCCCGGUUCGGAACCCAGCUCCAACACUUGUCCUCUGGGCCAGUGCUUACCCUUGUCAAGCCUCACCUUCCCAGCUCUGA